UUUAAACUAAGUGAAGUUGACAUCGAUCAAUCUAGCUUUCUGGGUUUGUUUAGUUAGAGUCUCAACCAACUAAUACUACACAAAACCAUGUCCCGUGACUGUGAAAACACCGUUAUUGUGGGGUGUGGGGCAGUGUCUGUGGAUUUCUUGGCUACUGUUGCUGCUUUUCCCAACCCAGAUGACAAAAUCAGAAGCACUUCCUUCAAGGUGCAAGGAGGUGGCAAUGCAGGCAAUGCCUUAACUUGUGCCUCUCGCUUAGGCCUCAAACCAAGACUCAUCUCCAAGGUUGCAGAUGACACUCAAGGCAGGGAUAUAUUACACGAGCUGCAGGUUGAUGGUGUGGACACAUCCUUUAUGGCCGUCUCUCAGGAUGGUACUUCACCAUUUACGUAUAUCAUUGUGGACAGCCAAACUAAGUCCCGUACUUGUAUACAUACGCCAGGAUUUCCUCCCAUGAAGCCAGAUGAUCUUCCGGAGUCAAGUUUGCUAACUGCAUUGAAUGGAUCAAGACUUGUUUAUUUUGAUGGGAGAUUGCAUGAAACUGCUCUAGUUGUUGCACAAGAGGCAGUUAAGAAGAACAUACCUAUCCUAAUGGAUGCAGAGAGGUUGAGAGAAGGGUUGGAUGAUCUCGUGAAAUUAGCUGAUUAUGUCGUGUGUGCCUCACGGUUUCCACAGGCAUGGACAGGGGCAUCAACAGUUCCUAAAGCACUUGUUUGUAUGCUUUUAAGGUUGCCCAACAUCAAAUUUGUGAUUGUAACUUUGGGAAAAGAUGGUUGCAUAAUGCUCGAGAGAAGUGCUAAUGGUUCUCACUCAUUUACGGUUUUUCUGGCAGAGGGAGUUUCCACCGAAGAAAUGGAUGUUGACAAAUUACUGGAAUCUCUGGAGAUGAGAAAAAACAGGAGCAUACACAUCCCAACCUGCAUAUCUUCAUCAGUGACAAAAUUGCAUGCAGAAGGUAUAGGAACAGUUUGUGGCAGGUUAUACAUUGGAACAGCUGAGAACAUACCACCAUCAGAGCUUAUUGAUACCACAGGUGCUGGAGAUGCAUUUAUUGGAGCUAUUCUCUAUGCUAUCUGUGCCAACUUCGCGAGAGAGAAAAUGCUGUGUUUUGCUGCAACUGUGGCAGCUUCCAAGUGCAGAGCUCUAGGAGCAAGAAGUGGUCUCCCUUACAGCACAGAUCCAUGCCUGGCAUCCUUCAUGCAUUCUUUACCAUUGAAUUGAGGAGGCAUAUAUUUUUAUGGUUUAGAAUUAGAUUUUUUGGUUAGAGGAAGUUAUGUAAUAUUAGACAAUUCUUCUACGUCUUUGUUCCACCAAUUCCUUCAUUAUCAUACACUUGCCUCACUGGUGGUGUAUACUAAACAAGUGCCAAGAACUAUAUGUUACAUUAAACAUUUUUUUAAAAUAUAUGGAAAAAAAAAAAAAAGGAAUG